ACCAUUAUGGCAGAUGCUUUGAAUCCGGAUCAUGUCCUGGAGCUUGCUGCGACGGCCAUCCGUCAGGACGAAGGCGCGUCGCCCAGCUUGAAAACCCCCUACGAGGCUGUCGCUGUGAUCGGCCACGCCUGUAUGACAGCCGUGGGCUUUCGACUCGUCGGACUGGGAGAGGACCACAAUCUUGAAAGCUCGUCCGACAGCCCGCGUCUACCGGCCGAAUGGAACUCGAACACCAGCUUCGCCUUUCGCUACGCUCACUCCCAGUCCUCCAUGCAGUACCUGCUUAAGGUCAGCCGACUGGGCAACAAAGCCGUGGUGCUCGCGCUAGCCCUGGGCGAUGACAAGACGACCUCGUUCGACCUCCCCGUCCAAGACUACAUUUCCGAAUCCGCGCUCCCCUUGUCCUCCUCCGCCGAUCUCCCCAGCGCCCUCAGAGAAACAUUUAUCUCGCCCCCGCGGGUCCAAGAUCUGAUCAACCUGUUCAAGAUCAACGUCAUCCAGAAACUCGCACCGGGGCUGUACAAAGAAGGAUACGAGGAUACAGGCCGCCAGUUGCGGGAGGUGCAACAGGAGCGGCCACCGCGACACGACCCUCUCCGAGACGAUUCUCUCCCCCAACCUGCUCGCCCUUAUCCAUUCGAUGACCCUCUAGCCGUGCGUCCCGGCCGACCGGUUCCAGCCGGCGACUUUCCUCCCCCGGGCUUCGAGGAUGAGUUCGAGAUCCAGAGACCCCCUCGGGGUUAUCCGGGGAUGGGCGGUCGGAACCCACUGAGUAUUGGUGAUCGGGAUCUGUACCCAGCAGGUCUGGGUCCCCAUGAUCCGAUUUAUGGUGGCGUUGGCCCGGGGCUUGUGGGCGGCGGCGGGGGUGGGAUGCAUCCGACCUUCGACGAUCCCCUGUUUGCGGGACGGCAAGGUGGAGGAGGGAGAGGAGGAUAUGAUCCCCAAGCGCCUCCAGGAGCACGAUAUGAUCCUGUUGGACCUGGAGACGGAGCACCGUUUGGCCAGGGGGGGCGGGGACCAUCCUUCGGCGGACGCGGAGGAGGAGGAUUCGGCGGGUUUGGGGGAUUUGGCGGUGACAUCAUUUAAACCACACUUCGGCCCAAAAUUAUUGGAGGGGAAGGGGACAUGUAGUAUGACUUAAUGACGAAAAUGCUCCACGGGAAUGACUGGCUGGCCAUUUUGAGGAUGAAUGACUGCAAAUUUUGUACUUAAUCUGUAACUUGUGCAAUUGAUGAUUGACGG